AAACAUCAUGUCUCUUAAAAUUGCUUGAUAUUCAAUUGGCUGUUAGUAUAAAAGAUCAAACAAUUAAUAUUAAACCAGUUUUUGAAUUUCAACCAUUUAAAGACUGGACUACUGCUUUAUCUAAAGAAAUUCUUGCAACAGAAAAACGAGAAUUAAAAAUUUUGUUAAAUUCAAGGCCAAUACCAAUGAAAAUAAUGGUAAAUACUGACAACAAUCUUAUACAAGAGACAGGUAUAUUUCUAUUAGCAACUCAUGAAGGAAGUUAUGAUCUUG